CCAGCCAAUCAGCGCACAGCAAGAACCAUUCUGCCUCAUUGUGACGUAAUACCAAUAAUGUCUAUGGUUCAAUUAGAAUUGAAUUUGAGUUUUGAUUACGUUGACCUGUCGUCAAAUUUUUCUUUCGUGUUCGACUUUUUCAAACCUCCAGAUUGAAAAUGAUUGCAGAAGGGUGAUACGUAAUUUGAAUCAGAAUUCAUCACUCUAUCUCAAGAUUCAAUUUGGAAUUUUGGAACACAAGUGUCGUGAGAGAUGAUGCUUUACCGCUCGCUUGUCCGAUCAACUCGUAGUAGUAGGAGUGCCCCAGAAAUCGGUGAUGGGGCCUCUGUUAUUUUUAAUCGUACCAAAGAUGUAAGGAAUUCCACCCAUCCGCUCGAAUACGCUUUAAUUAACAUCGUCAGCAGGUAUUCGUAUAAGUACCUCGAUCGUUGGAGAUAGAAAUGAGAGAAACGGAUCAGAAAAGACGAAUUUGCAUCGAGUAGUCUUCCGAAAUAUACUGCCCUGAUCGUUGUAAAAUUUGGUUGAAAAUUUUGUCAUCGUGAUGUCUGACGAUGAAUAUAACAGUGGAGCUAGUGGGAGUGAAGCUGAAGAGGAUAACGACAGAGAGAGCGUUUCAGACGAAGAAGAGCCAGAAGGAGAAAAUCUGAAUUCCGAAGAAGAUGAAUACGACGACGAAGAAGAUGAAGAACGAGACAACGCACGAUAUAAAAAACGUCGCAACGAACGACACGGAGGUUUCAUCUUGGAAGAAGCUGAAGUCGACGAUGAAGUAGAAUCCGAAGAUGAAUGGGAAGAUGGCGCCCAAGAAAUCGGUAUCGUUAGUAACGAAAUCGAUGAACUUGGACCGACAGCGCGAGAAAUCGAGGGUCGCAGAAGAGGAACCAAUCUUUGGGACUCGCAGAAAGAAGAUGAAAUCGAAGAAUAUUUACGUAAAAAGUACGCCGGAGAAUCGAUAUCAACUCGACAUUUCGGUGACGGAGGUGAAGAUAUGUCCGAUGAAAUCACUCAGCAAACUUUACUACCGGGUGUCAAGGAUCCUAAUUUAUGGAUGGUCAAGUGUCGAAUCGGCGAAGAGAAAAAUACAGCUUUGUUACUGAUGCGUAAAUUCAUAGCGUACCAAUUUACCGAAGAGCCGUUGCAGAUUAAAUCAGUCGUAGCACCGGAAGGUGUCAAAGGAUACAUUUAUAUCGAAUCUUAUAAACAGCCACAUGUCAAACAAGCCAUAGCCAACGUUGGUAAUCUGAGAAUGGGUGUUUGGAAACAGCAAAUGGUUCCUAUUAAAGAAAUGACUGAUAUUCUAAGAGUCUCUAAAGCUCAGACUGGAUUACGUCCUAAACAAUGGGUUCGUUUAAAACGAGGAUUAUAUAAGGACGAUAUCGCUCAAGUUGAUUACGUAGAGGUUGCUCAAAAUGAAGUACAUCUUAAAUUAUUACCCAGGAUCGAUUAUACCAGACUGAGAGGAGCUUUAAGAGUGACCUCCGAUGAUAAUCUAAAAAGAAAGAAAAAACGUCGCCCAGCGGCCAAACCCUUCGAUCCGGAGGCAAUUAGAGCAAUCGGAGGAGAGGUUACUAGCGACGGUGACUUUUUAAUGUUCGAAGGGAAUCGUUACAGUUUGAAAGGAUUCCUGUACAAAAAUUUUAACAUGAAUGCCAUCGUCGCCGACGGUAUUAAGCCAACGUUAUCGGAACUGGAGAAAUUCGAAGAAGCUCCCGAAGGUGUUGAUAUCGAAAUACCUUCGUCUGGUAAAGAUGAAAUAGCAGCGCAUUCCUUCAGUGCCGGAGACAACGUGGAAGUUUGCCAUGGCGAAUUGAUGCAUUUGCAGGGUAAAAUUUUAUCCAUAGAUGGAAAUUUCAUCACAGUGAUGCCCAGACACGAUGACCUAAAGACUCCGCUCGAGUUUCAAGCUCACGAAUUGAAAAAAUAUUUCAAAAUGGGUGAUCACGUUAGAGUAAUUGCCGGACGUUACGAAGGUGAUACCGGAUUGGUUAUUAGAUCAGAAGAAAAUCGAGUAGUGUUGUUCUCCGAUUUAACUAUGCACGAGUUGGAAAUUUUGCCACGAGAUUUACAACUCUGUACUGACAUGGCGACCGGAGUCGAUUCUUUGGGACAGUUCCAAUAUGGAGAUUUAGUUCAGCUAGAUCCUCAAACCGUUGGCGUUAUUGUUCGUCUGGAACGAGAAAUUUUCCACGUGUUGAAUAUGAAUGGAAAAGUGAUCGAAGUCAAACCUCAAGCUUUGCAUAAGAAAAAAGAGAAUAAAAGUACCAUAGCGUUGGAUUCUGAUCAGCAGUCGAUUCAAAGACGAGAUAUUGUAAAGGUUAUCGAUGGACCUCACUCUGGACGUGGCGGCGAAAUCAAACAUUUGUACAGAAAUUUCGCAUUUUUGUAUUCCAAACUGUACUUGGAUAAUGGAGGUAUUUUCGUUUGUAAAACACGCCAUUUACAAUUGGCUGGAGGUAGCAAAGAUUCUAGUACAAUUCAUAUCGACGCUGGCUACAUGUCUCCUCGUAUCUCUUCUCCUAUGCAUCCUGGCGGAGGUGGAGGUGGUGGUGGCAGAGGACGAGGAGGAGGAGGACGGGGCGGUAUGACCAAACGGGAUAGAGAAAUUAUUGGCCAAACCAUAAAGAUUACACGAGGACCUUAUAAAGGAAAUAUUGGUAUUGUUAAGGAUUCCACUGACACCACAACGAGGGUCGAGCUACACACCUCGUGUCAAACUAUUUCCGUUGAUCGAAAUAAUAUUCAAGUUGUUGGACAACCAAGCAAAGAUGGAUCAUAUUCGACGUAUUCUCGCACCCCAGCUUGCGGCGUUGGUCAAACUCCGAUGUACUCUGGAGGUGGUAGAACUCCUAUGCACGGUUCUCAGACACCACUAUACGACACCGGUAAUCGAACACCUCAUCAUUACGGUAGCAUGACUCCGAUACACGACGGCUCCCGUACUCCUGCUCAUUGGGAAUCAUCGGUUGCCAACACUCCAGCUCGACAGUCCGAUAUCGACAACUACGAUAUGGAUAACUAUACAUCCAUGUCGAAUGUAGAAUACGCUCCUCAAACACCAGGCAGCAAUUACGCUUCAUCCGAUCAUUCGUUUUCGCCAUAUCACACAGCAUCACCUUCAGGAUAUCACAGCAGUAGCGCUUCUUCUUACCUUCACACCCCUAGUCCCGGUGGUAGCGGUAUUGGUGGAUAUGGAACAGCAUCACCUAUUAGUUACAGUCCGAUGACGCCUGGUAGUGCAUCUUCAGUUUCGAUGGCUUCGCCGUAUCAUAAUCCUCAGACUCCUGGAGCUGGGUUGGACUUGGCUAAUCUUCAAGAUUGGUUCAUACCUGGAAUUGUGGUUCGUAUUUUGGAUACGGUGGGAGAUCGCGGUUUAGCCAAUCAAAUUGGAAUUAUUCGAGGAAUUAAGGAUGGCACUUGUACCGUAUUCAUCGAAGACGAAGGUCAAGAUUUCCACCUAUUGUGCGACCACCUCGAGCCAGUACCUCCGGUCAUCAAUGAUCAAGUCAAAGUAUUGAUGGGCGAUGAGAAGGGAAUGGUUGGAAUUUUGCUCAACAUCGACGAACAAGAAGGUGUAGUUGAAUUCGAGAACGAAAAAAAUCCCAAAAUGGUGCCAUUACGGUUCCUAUGUCGAUAUCAACCAAAUUAAUCGCAUCAAGUAUUUAUUACACGCAAUUCUUCUCGGUAAUUUAAUUACUUACUAUCGCGAUGGGUUUCUCGAAAACUUGGUUAAUUGGGGGUUAUGCUAUUAUUUUAUUUAUUUAUUCGAGGCUUAUUGUGCCCGGUGCUUUAUGAAUGUUGUGUUGUUGAAUGAAAUUCAAUUCUUGUGUGAAAUAUUAUAUCUUUAUAUGUCGGAACAAAUAAUCGUACCUGCGAAUAAACGAUGCUGCAAGUAUUUAUAUUUAA